GGUUGACUUGGACUGAAUGCUUUCUGUACGACUUGCUGAACUCUAUAUACCAUUGCAUUUCCCAACUAUAAAUCGACCCCAAGAAACUGUGUCUAGAUACACUUCGACAAUGGAAGGAGGCGUCGUUUCGCAGUUGCUUAUUGUUUUACGCUACAUAUAUCCUUUCCUCACCCUUCUUUACUUCAUUGUUGCGUCAACUAUCGCACUAUGUCUUCCCCCAUCGGAUAUAUACCUCCCUCAUCGAAAGAACACUGUAUCUCGGCUCCUUUUACUGGUAAUAUUGUGUUUCAGCUUAGAUGGAGUUCUUGGUGUUGCCGGGAUCAUCUUCUGGCGUCUGUGGCCAACCCAGGAAGACAUUUUCGGCCUGGUCUCCUGUAUCUUUACGUUCAGUAUCAUUGCACAAUCUUUUAGGGGAGCAUCUCCCGUUAUAACAUGGCACCGGCUGCACGGUACUUGGGCGAUUGGUUUCUUUUGCGACAUCUUAACUGCUAUUUUACAAUGUAUCAGCAGUCAGGACACUCAUACGGUUCAUCACUCAAAAACUCUUCUCUUAUUCCAUGCAUCUCUUGCAUAUAUUCGAUGCGCUCUUUUCGGCAUCAUCUUUUCGGUCUUUCUCCGACAAGAUCACCAAAGGCAUAGGUGCUCUCCUAGUGAGGAGGCACCACUUCUCCCAAGUCCAGACCUGUCGUCAAGCUCUGUCCGCGUGGAUAUCGAGGCUACCAGUGCUAUGCGCCCAGGAUCGAAAAGUGACUGGCUUCGCCGGUUCCAAAAGCUUAUGAUCCUAUGUCCAUAUAUUUGGCCACAGAAGAAUCACGGCCUCCGGAUUCGAAUUGGACUUGUAGGCCUCUGCAUAUUAGCCAACAAUGGGAUUAACCUUUUGAUUCCCCGACAAUAUGGCAUUCUUGUUGAUUUUCUUGGCACAUCGUCGGAAAAAAGCCCUUGGCUUCAGGUUGUUAUAUUCAUGACCCUUCGGUUACUCUCGUCCGAAGCCGGCAUCCAAUUCAUGCGAAGAAUGCUUUGGCUACGGGUAGAGCAGUAUUGGGAGAAAGCACUCAGCACCGCAGCAUUUUCACAUAUCAUGUGCCUUUCUGCUGACUUCCACGAUUCUACGGAUCCCACCGAAUUGUACAUGGCCAUGAUGAGUGGGAAUGGCAUUCCGUACAUUGCAGAAAUGGCCUGCUUCCAGGCCAUACCUACUAUGAUUGAUCUAAUCAUUGCUAUUACAUACCUUUCGAUUAAGUUUGGGCCGUACGAAGGCCUGAUUAUAUUUGCAACUACGGUAGCAUUCAUCAAGUUCUCGCUUCAUACUAUCUCGUCUGCUAAGAAUCAACAGCGCCAAGCAUGGGAAAGACGAUCGGAUGAAAAGAAAUCACAGCAUCAUGGUAUUUCACGGUGGUUUACCGUUGUUUUAUUCAACCAGACCGAGCAUGCGAUCUCCAGUCAUUCCAAAGCUCUCGAAUCUCGUCUUCUCGCAUCUAAAGAUGUACGUAAGAGUCAUGAUAUCUCAUCAGCCAUCAGGUACCUUAUCUCGUUAGUUGGACUACUAAGUAGUAUUUGGGUGGUCGUAUACCAAAUACAUAGUAGAAAAGCUACUGCGGGCGACUUUGUACUUCUAUUAUCGUACUGGGGCCAAAUCACUGCGCCUCUUGGGUUCUUCGUCACGCUAGGACGUGAAAUCAACCAACAGCUAACCGAGCUAGAACGGCUGGCUGAUAUUUUACACCAAUUGCCCAGUACCGCGGACACAGCAGGGGCUCAGCCAUUGCGAUUCUUCUCCGGUAAGGUAGAGUUCCAGGGCGUCGGGUUCAGUUACGAUGGGGGGAAAAGUGUCUUGGACAGCUUUGACUUGUCUGUUCCAGCAGGUUGUACUGUCGCAUUUGUUGGGGGGAGUGGAGGCGGGAAAUCGACGAUCCUGAGCCUUCUGUUGCGAGCAUACCUUAGUCAGAAAGGAUCUAUUUCUAUUGAUGGACAAGAUAUUCGACACGUCACCCAGCAGAGCCUGCGGUCGAUUGUAGGUCUUGUCCCACAAUCUCCGCAGCUUGUCGAAAAUACGAUACUAGAGAAUGUUCGAUAUGCUCGACGAGAUGCCUCAGAUCAUGAGGUCCAUGAAGCGUGCAAAGCGGCAGCUAUACAUGACCAGAUUAUGGCGUUCCCAGAAGGCUACCAGACCCGUGUUGGAGGAUGCAAUGGGAAACUCUCUAUCGGCCAAAUACAGCGCAUUGGUAUUGCUCGGGUCCUUCUUAUGAAUCCACAGAUUUUCCUAUUUGACGAGCCAACCAGCGCGCUGGACGCGGAUACAGAGCACCUGAUUCGGGGAACGCUAGAGUCUGUCUGUAAACCCCGGACAACAUUCAUUGCUGCACACCGCCUCUCUACAAUUAUGAAUGCUGAUAUGAUUUGCGUCAUCUCUAAUGGGAAGAUUAUCGAGCAGGGCACUCAUCAGGAGCUAAUCUCGAGAAACGGUAAAUAUGCUAGUCUCUGGUUAAAACAAACCUCUAUGUAAUUAUAUAUGCUUGACAGCUCUGUUGCAUCAUUAUCAGUAUGAAGCAAGACCUUCUUUUCCGUAUAUAUUCAACAUUCGGACGAGCCUCCCUUGUAGCUAGACAUACAGUCUUGCCA